AUGGCUCAUAUAACCCGUCGCUUUCUCUCCACGACCCUGUGCCGUCACGCCUCAGCAACUGAAGCAUGCACAGAGAUGUUUGAGCGCUUCGGCGCUGGAAAACCAAUCUCGAUCCGUAAACAGCUCAUCGAUGCAAAUCAGCUCAACCUUCUUUCUAUAACGCUGAAUCGGACGCCUACAACAGGCCACGCACCCCCUAUCGGAACGCCGGUACCGCCAGGCUACCAUCUUGUGUACUUCACACCCAGCAUGAUUGAAUCUGAACUUGGUUUGGACGGCACAGAUCGCACUGUUAACCCCCUCAGCCCGUUUACGCGGCGCAUGUGGGCAGGUGGAGAACUGAGAUGGACGCAAGACCCUAAUGUGCAGUUAAGGGUUGGUCAGGAAGUGCGUGAGACAACAAGACUUUUGACUGCAGAGCCGAAAACGUUAAAGAGUGGCGGCGAGAUGCUAGUCGUCGGUGUGGAGAAGACGUUUGAGAACGAGAAGGGCAUUGCACUCGUCGACAAGCGAAACUGGGUCUUCCAGAGAGAGAUUGCAGCAGACAACCCGCUCAAGGUGACGGAGAAGCCUGAAGAGAAAGCCUUGCCGAACGGAACUUAUACGCGGGACUUUUGUCAGACAGAGACUACUUUGUUUCGUUUCUCAGCAUUGACGUUCAAUGGGCACAAAAUCCAUUACUCACCAGAAUGGUGUAGGCAGAUUGAAGGGCACAGGAGUUCUGUGGUACAUGGACCGUUGAAUCUGAUCCACAUGCUUGACUUUUGGAGGGAUACAGCAAAAAGCGGAGAUACACAGGCGGUCCCGCAAUCAGUUACUUACCGUGCUAUGUCACCUCUGUAUGUUCGUGAACCAUAUAGGAUUUUGUUGGAAAAAGACAUUAUCAGGGUCGGACAGGAGGGACCAGAGUGGAAAGCUGAUAUUUGUGACAGCUAUGGGAAGAUUAGUAUGAAAGCGUUAAUUGUCGAGUAG